UGUGUAUGGCUAUUAACGUUGUAUCCCUUAUAUCUCGACCGCGAUUUGACGCCGACGACGUUGAAAUAUUUCCAAAGUAACUUCAAUUCGCUCGAGAAUUCUGUUUUUCGCUUUUUACAUCGAAAAGAUACUCGAUCUACUCCGUCAGUAGGCUAAAUUUAGUUAUAUCAUAGAGGUUAGCUUCGUUUCUUGGUUUUAUUUACAUUGCGUUCCGACACGGAAUCAGCUGUUGUGUCAAACAGUUCUCGAUAUUUCUUUUGUAAGAACAAUGAGCUUCCCGGAGAAACAAGAUAAUAUAUCGAAGGAUGAGUGGGUUGCCAAACUUGAAGAGAAUUCUCACACGCAACGUGUUUCCAUGAACAAUCUAAUUAUGAAUUAUCUCGUAACAGAGGGGUUCAAAGAGGCAGCAGAAAAGUUUCAACAGGAAUCUGGAGUAGAACCUACUGUAGAAUUAAGUUCUUUAGAUGAUAGGAUUCGAAUUAGGGAUGCCAUUCAGAAUGGACGUAUUCAGGAGGCAACGGACCUUGUAAAUCAGUUGCAUCCAGAACUAUUGGACAAUGACAGAUAUCUUUAUUUUCAUCUGCAACAGUUGCAUCUUAUUGAGUUGAUUCGCACAGGCAGAAUCGAAGAGGCAUUACAGUUUGCUCAGGAUCGAUUGAGCGAAGCUGGUGAAUCUGAUGACAAUAUCUUAUGUGAAUUGGAACGUACUUUGGCUUUGCUAGCUUUUGACGAGCCACAUAAGAGUCCUUUCAGUGAUCUGUUACAUCCAACCCAUAGACAAAAGAUAGCAAGCGAAUUAAACGCGGCUAUAUUAAAAAUGGAACACAGAGAAUCUACAAGCCCACGAUUAAAUAAUUUGCUUAAGAUGAUACUGUGGGCACAAGAUGAACUGGAUAAGAAAAAAGUGAAAUAUCCAAAAAUGACUGAUUUAGGAAGUGCCACCAUUGAAAGUCCAAAGUAA